CUGUGGUGUGGUCGCCUGGUGGCACUGGUUGGUUGCUAGACGACCCGAUGUGAAACAAGUAACUUCAUUAACGAGGCAAAAACGAGUAACCGCCACUUGCAGAUGCAAUAUCGCCAGCAUGGAAUACCGGCAGCGUUUAAGCGGAGAAGGUGGACGACUUAAUACGGAGUGAGCGUGCAACACUGCAGUCCUUUUGAUUGGGAACGGCUCAAUGCUAGCGAUGCUACUGUACUAUUCAAGAAAAUGAAGAACGAGUUUAUCCAAGGACCGUGACAGUAGUUUUGACAGCCACUGUAGUGGUUCCACCAUUGACACGUUGACUUUUGCCGCCAGAAAAUACACGUGACAUGCAGCCUACUCCUGUCUCUGGGUCCACUCGAGUGCUACCAGAGGCUGACAUGUCCAUCUAACACGCACCCUUGUCAGCCGCCAUCAUGUCAGCGGUGGCGAGUGACACUCCAACAGAUGAAGACUACGAGACACCACAUAAGAAAUCAGGGAAGCCUCCCAGUUUUCUCAGGUCCCCGUACCGUUCAAGCCUUAGUAUGAAUCACAGGAAAGCGGCAUUGUCAGCCUGGAAGAUGCCAAGGGCAUCUUUUAGCGACACUCCCGGUGGGGAGACGGUCCCGGCUCGCUUCACGUCCCUCAGCAACCACCACGAACUGAGAUCAGAUUGGGACUUGACGCCAGAGUUUCCUAGACAUACCUUGCCCACCAGAAAACAUAUUCAGCGUUCAUCACACUACAUUUCCAGAGAGAAGGAAGAGAUGUAUAAUGAGAUCACACUUCUCAAGAAGAGUCUCCACGAGCAGAAGUCUGACAACCAGAAGAUGAAAGUCAAGCUUAGGCGUCUGGAAGAUGACAAUGUGAAGAGGGAAAAGCAGCUGGAGGAGCUAUUGGAUCCCACCAAUAGGUCCGAGUACAUACGCAGUUUGGUGGACAAGAAGCAUGAGGGCAGUGUGGUGGUAAAUGGUCUGAAACAGAGAAUACUGAAGCUAGAGCAGCAAUGUCGAGAAAGGGAAAACGCCAUUGGAAACCUGCAAAGUGAGUUAAGGGCUACUAACCUCUAUGAGAUGAGGACGACUAUCAGGAACUAUUAUGAAGAGAUCCAGAGACUGAGGCUGCUUUUGGAAGCUACAGAAAAAAGCGGUCUAUCAGAGAGUAAAGCGUUCCGCAAGCAGCAGAAGGCAUUGAGCUCCACUGUGCUACGUCUGUCGGAGGACCUCAAGCAACUGCAACUUGAAAACACCAAGCUCACAGAGGAGCUAGACACAGACUGUCCAGCCGCUGGCAUCAAAGGGUACAAAGAGUGGAGCAAACAUAGGCUUUUGAGGCGACUGCUUGAACUGGAGAAGAGGCUGGAAGAAAAAAACGCUCUAAAAGCAAGGUAUCGAUCAGAUCAGCCCUGUCAGACCACACCCGCCGUCGUUGAGCAAAGGGAGGUUCAGACCACGCCACCUGAGUGCCUGGACCUGGCUGUCCAGACCAUGGCUGUGUACACUGCUGACGCAGUAACAGAGACCCUAGAGGAAGAUGAUGUGUCAAGCCUAAAAGGAUGUUUGGAGCAGUUGGAGGCGGAAAGGACGCAGCUGCAGGCGGCGCUGACCAGUAAUGAAGAGGAAGUGAGAUGGCUAAGGACUCAACAGCAAGAAGUGGAGCAAAAAUCACGACUGCAGCACAACGAUGAAGUUGGGGAUUUAAAGAGGGAAAAAGAGGAGCUGGAAAAGCGACUGGAACGCUGGAGAACUGAGCAGACGAGCGAACGAGAAAUAGAGAAAAGGCGGCAUCAGGAGGAAGUGCUACAGCUGAGCAGCGAAAAAGAACAAGAAGCUGAAGGAUGGCGGUGUCAAAUGGAAAGAGAGCGACAGAAGCAAGAAAAGGAGCUGAGGCAGUUGAGGUCUCUGGUCCAAACUCUGAAGGAGACGGGAAAUAAUGCCUGUGAUGCUCCUGUCAUUGAUGAGGCGGAUGACGAUGACCAAGGGUUUGAGGGACACGAAGGCCUGAAGCUAGAUUCAGAAAACCUUGCCACAAGAAGGAAGUCCACAAGUGAAGUUCUUCAGGCUGGAGAUUCCACAAAUCCACAGGAUGGAGAAACCCUAGAUGAGAGCUCGCUUGUCAGCAUCCAGGCUGCAUUCCGUGCCCACCUGGCUCGCACUCAAUACAUUGAACAGAGGUUUCCAGGAGGAGCCGCAUCAGAAUUUGAAGACAAUAUAGGUGCUGCAUGCGCUAAAAUGUGCAUAAACGAGGAGGAAGAGCUGCUGCCCGUCUCCAGGCCUCCUAGAACGCAGACACCGCCAAAAGCCCGAUUCCAGCUUGACGCAGUAAACGCCGACUCGGAGGACAUGGACAACUCUGACGAUUCGGACGACAUCAUUGUGGCUGAGUCCUACCCUCGGAGAAACCGAGAAGCCAGGCUCUUGUGACUGCAAAUGGAAAUCAGGCUUGGGGAACCCUGGAUUAUUGCGUCAUGUUUAUGGACUGUAAAUUCAUCGCUGAACUUCCUUUUGACAGCGGAACACUUGCGUGAAAUCCAUCAUUCCUGUCUCCAAAGUGCCUAAAAAUGUGGAAAUUCCUAUAUUACAUCUGACAGCAAUAAAGAUGUUAUUUUUCUUGUACUGAGUAAACCGCACUGGAAAAAUGACUGAAUGAUCCUCAGUGACAUGUUUUUAAAUGCCUUAUACUUGUAUACACUAUAUUAUUCAAAAAGAUGGAUCACAGUUAUUUAGGGACUAUGUUCAGAUUUUAAUAUUUUGUAACAUUUGAAUUUAGUUUCCUUGUUUUUAUAAGGCUUUCAAAUUUCAAUUUAGGGAAGAUAUCUAAUAAAUUGAAAUUCACCUGGAAAAUGUUAUUUUUUCGCCUUGUUUUCUUUUUCUCUACCUUAAUAGAAAAGAUUUUGCUGUCACAUGUAGUUUCAAAUAUUCUUAAUGCAAUUAUUCUUAAAACAAUCCUAAGUACAACAAUGUUGGAGAGAAAAAUAGGAAAGGUUUUGUAAGUUCUCACAUUUCUGAAUCAACUAGUGAAAGUGGAUGUUCAUGGAUACACUAAACAGACAGAAAAAAACUAAAUUUGUCAUUUCAGAAUUCCCACUCUUCCAAUAUUAAAUAAUCCACAAACUAAUACUCAAACAAGCAGUUUGAGUAAAUGUACAUGUUCUGAGACAAAAACCAAAACAAAAACUGAAGCAUGCUUGAAAAUAUAUUUUAAAAUAACAAAAACGUCUGGAGUACCGAUUCAAAUUAAUUUUUCUUUUGAACCACUAAAUACAAUUUUGCUUAAACUAAUACCAAACAAACAACUGGUUCCAUAUUUUAAUUGAAAACAACCUGAAACUUUACAGGACAUUGAGGAAAAAAAACUAAGUGAACCCAGUGGUUUACUAGUCUCAUGAGUUGACCUGCAUUGAACAGUUACCUCUAGCUAAUGAUCAAA